AUGAGUAGCAUUCAUCUUUCACUGCUUUGUCUAUUUGUUGUUAUUUAUCCGAUUGAAUCGGAUAAUCCAAAUUGUAAAGGUAAUUAUAAUACAAAUCAAAUUGUACGAGAUGAACCUACUUUUGUAAGUUCGGUACCAAAUGGAAAGCGUUUUGUUGUUGGAUCAGGUUAUAAUAAAAUAAAUAUUGUUCAUGUCUAUGGUGGUACACCAUAUGAUAUGGGUUAUGCAUUGGGUUCAUUAAUGAGUAAAGAAUUGAAGGAACUUAUUCCUGAAUAUUUUGAUUAUUUGGAUAAAAUAAUUGAAGACGAAUUGAAGAAACUUCCACCAUUUAUCGCAAAAUGGAUCGCAGAAUUAGGUUUACCAGGUGCCCUUGAUCUUAAUUAUGAAAUAACGCGUAAAUAUACACCACCAUGGUUUGAUGAAGAACUUCGAGGUGUUGCUGCUGGUAGUGGUGUAUCUUAUCAAGAUGUUCGUCGAAUGAAUUUAAUUCCAGAAUUAAUCAAAGCCGCAUGUACUGUUUUAGGUGCAUGGGGUGAAUCAACAUUAACAUCAACAUUACUUCAUGUACGAGCGCUUGAUUGGGAUGAUAAAGCUCCUAUUGCUAAAUAUGCUACAGUAACUGUUUAUCAUCCAAAUGCAUCCUAUGAAGGUUAUGCAAAUCAUUUUCAUGAAUAUUAUAAACAACGAAAUUAUGUAUCACAUGCAUUUGCUAAUUUUGGUUAUCUUGGUCUUAUUGGAUCACUUGGUGCAUACAGUGAAGCUUCAAUUGGUUUAGGUGAAAAAGUAUGGAUUACAAAAGAACAAGAUAUAACAACACGUUUUGGAAAUCCGUGGACAUAUGUUCUUCGUGAUGUUGUUCAAUUUUCACAUUCAAUUGAUACAGCCUUGACUAUGUUGAUUAAUGCUCAACGAACAUGUUCAAUACAUCUUGGUCUUGGUUCAUAUGAACGUAAUACAUCAGUUAUUAAUGGUGAACAUAUUGGAUUUCGCGGUAUUGAAUAUAGUGCAAAUGAAUUAAAUGUUUACGAUUGGGAGGAUAUGUUUGAUACACCAAAUCAUCCACGAUUAAAAGAUGUUGUCUAUUGGGAUAAACAUGUUCAACCAUCAAAUGAUCCAUGUUUAGGUAGUCUACUUGUUGAAGGUUAUGGCCAUCUAAAUGCAGCGGAUAUCAUUCGAAAUAUUACUAGUGUUGCAGAAACGGGAAAUGCUCUUAAUUUAAUUCUUGAUUAUAAUGAAAAUACUGCUUAUUUGGCUUAUAGUGCGCCUGACGAUCCACAAGGACCAUUGGAAGCUUACAGUCGUGCUCAUACAAGACUUGAUAUGGCUAAAUUAUUUUCUGAACCUGCACCAAAAUAA